UCCUGCCCAGAAUAUUGCUGCAACAUUAUCUGCGAUUGGUUAUCUUCCUAUCAUGCAUUGCUUCACAGGGGAAACAGCUUCUUCUUCUUCUCCUUUUUUCUUUUUUUUUUAAAUAAAUCUACGAUGGCUGGCUGCAAUAUGUUACUCUGUUGGUACUAAGAAGUGCCUUUCCUGACGUCCCUGCUGCUUGGACCCGCUUCUAGAGCAGCCUCUGCUUUUUGCCUUGCUUGCUGCCAGCUACACUGCAACGAAAGCAAAUCCACCCUUCUCAUCUAUACCCCCCCUUCCCAAUUCUGCUCCUAAUCAAGAGAGAUCCCUGCAUUAGGCACUGUGUUAUACCACUGUGGGUAUAGUAACAAAAAAACAAAACAAAGAAAUCAAACUAAGAUAUCUGCUUUUGGGAAAGCAAAGACAGACACAGGGGAUAUAGGGAAGUCCAGAGGAAACCUCUAUGAUUUUUUUCUCUACAGUGCUGCAUCGAUACAUACCAAACUAAUCAAUACAGAUUGCACGGCAAAACCCUAUUCAAUUUCCAGUUCAGCUGCGUGGAGAUUACCUUUCGGCCAACUUUACUGAAAGCAGACCGGAUAGUGUGUGCCAGCACAGGGGUCGCCACGUAUUCAUGUUUGCAUUUUGGGCUGAAUAUCAGAACUUCAAAUGGGUUACUGAGAGGACAGAGAAGCUGCAGGCCACCUCAAUUAAGCAUACUGAAUGUUUUUAAUAUUACAGAUCAGCUAAUCUGUAUUAUUUUAUAAGGUAGUCGCUGAAGAGCCAGAGUGAGGCAUCUGUAUGCAUAUACAGACAGCAGAGUUUUACCAGCUGAAAACCACACGGGAGACAGAAAGGACGGUUGGAGUUUUUGCAUUCUCUGACGACUUCUGAGAAGUUUUUAGCCCUCUGUAGAAUUUAAGUAUGGCUGUUAGCGUGGCACCCAUGCGGGACACAAAAUGGCUAACGUUGGAAGUGUGUCGGGAGUUCCAAAGAGGGACCUGCUCAAGGCCAGACACAGAAUGUAAAUUUGCACACCCAUCGAAAAGCUGCCAAGUCGAAAACGGACGAGUAAUCGCCUGCUUUGAUUCACUGAAAGGUCGCUGUUCACGGGAGAAUUGUAAAUAUCUCCAUCCGCCACCACAUUUAAAAACACAGUUAGAGAUAAAUGGACGGAAUAACCUGAUUCAACAAAAGAACAUGGCCAUGCUGGCCCAGCAAAUGCAGCUAGCCAAUGCAAUGAUUCCUGGUACUCAACUCCAGCAUAUGCCAAUGUUUUCAGUUGCACCAAGCCUAGCCACGAAUGCAUCAGCAGCCUUCAACCCAUACCUGGGGCCUGUCUCACCGGGUCUUGUACCUGCUGACAUUCUUUCUUCUGCACCAAUGCUUGUUGCUGGGAGCCCUGGAGUGGGUAUGCCAUCGGCCGCAGCAGCUGCUGCUCAGAAGCUAAUGAGAACAGACAGACUAGAGGCCAGCUACAAUCAGGCAGCUGCAGUGAGAGCUUCCCCACGUUGCCCAUCCAAUGACCUCAACCCCGAUGUGGAGGGAGCACCCUCUUUAUGGGUGAGAGGUAGUUCAGUCUCCAUGCCAGCUCAAUCCUGGGCCUCUCCUGAGCAGAGACUGCCUGUUAUGCCAAAUUAUGUGUGGUGGUAUUAUGAUGUCGACUCCUGCCCUCUGGGAACUGAGCUGAGACCAGCAAACCCAUUUCACUUAGGACAUCAAACUGGAAUUGACCCUCGGUCCCAGAAGAGAAAGGUAUGUCGGGAGUACCAGCGUGGAAACUGCAAUAGAGGAGAAAAUGAAUGUCGGUUUGCCCACCCAUCUGAGAGCGCAAUGAUUGAUACCAAUGAUAAUACAGUCACUGUGUGCAUGGAUUACAUUAAAGGAAGAUGUUCACGGGAAAAGUGCAAAUACUUUCAUCCGCCUGCACACUUGCAAGCCAAGAUCAAGGCUGCUCAGUACCAGGUCAAUCAAGCUGCAGUUGCUCAGGCAGCAGCCAUGACUCAGUCGGCUGUCAAAUCACUGAAGCGACCCCUCGAGGCAACCUUUGACCUGGGAAUUCCUCAAAAUGUACUUCCCCCAUUACCAAAGAGGCCUGCACUUGAAAAAACCAAUGGUGCCACCGGAAUGUUUAAUACGGGUUUUUUCCAGUACCAACAGGCUCUUGCCAACAUGCAGCUCCAGCAACAAGCAGCCUUUUUCCCACCAGAUACCCAUAAUAUCUGCAGAUCAUCUGAGUAGUCACAAGUAUAUUACACAGCUCUAGAGAUUGUAUCAUGAUGCAAUCAAAAUGUCAGUGAACUUGAAGAAAAAUACAGGCCAAGGCCAUUAGCCAUAAUGUGCAUACAACAUAAACAAGAAACACAAAGAUCCCAACAGUGAUACAUCUUGCAUGCUGAACAAUGUCAAGAUCAAUACAGAAUCCCAUUGCAAUAUACAAUUUGCACAUUUUCUUUCUGUCGAUGUAUACAUCAUAUCCUGUCUUUUCACAAUGCAGUAUAUAUACAUGCAUCUCUCAGUAAUUAUCAUUUACUCAUAUAACCCUUAUAUAACAGUGCAAAGAGCACUUAUGUGCAGUUACUGAUAGCAGCCUAUGAAACAUAAACUUUCAGCAGUUUAGUGUUGUCAGACUAAUGUAGGAUGACUAGUGAUUGGGCCUUGUGUCCACUGCACUUUGCACAUUGCUCUUUGUCUUAUUAAAUAGGGCGAUAGUGUAUGUAUUGCUUCAUGCAUUGAAAAUUCAGCCUAUGUUGUAACAUCUCCAAUGCGUUGGUACGUCUUUUGACCAAGAUGAUAGUUUUAAUUUUGUUUUUGUUUUUUUCAAGGUUUACAAAUAACAAAAGGUGCACCUUGUAUUUAAAAUUGCCAUUGUAGCUGAGAGUAUGCAUGCAGAGUAGUUUUCUAAGGAUAAUAUUUUUCUUGUUAUAGAUUGUAAGAGGUGGCAAAAGGUCUGAGACACAUGAAUGUGCCAAGUAAACCACAGCUGAAUAUGUUUUUAAGUACGGUAUUACUAAUUGUUCUCGCAAAGUGCCAUUGACUAUACAUGAUUAUAGAGUAUUAUUUCAGCAGUGUUAUUUUCGAAAAACUCCCACAUUUAAAUGUGGUUGUAUGCAAGUCUAAGGCACUGUUGGAGUUUUGAACCAAAGUUCUCACAAAAAUGAGUUUAUCUGAACCUAAGGUGUAGGUUUGACAUCACUAUAAAUACCAUCCUUUUAUGUGGGCUUUAAUACAGACUAAUCGGACAAUGUCACAGUGUGACAGAUACCAUGAAUUGUAUACAGGGUAGA